AUGGAGAUUAAGCUAGAUGUUCUUAUCUCUACAUGUAUCAAGCAAAGAAAACCAUGGCCUCGCAUCUCAUGGAUUGGACAGGAAAAAGAGGCUAUUUUUCUUCUAGAUGAUAAACAUAUAAAUGAAAUUAACCUGGCAUCAGGGAAGACAAAGAAGAAAAUCCCUCGGCUGCAGUCAUUGUUGAAAACUGUAGUUGUUUUAACAACAUCAACAAAUGGUGCUUGGUUGGCAGGAAUACUUACAACAGGAGAGCUAUUUCUUUGGAAUAAAGAUCAGGACUGCUUGAAAACUGUGCCAGCAAUCGAAGAGUCUAGGAAAGUAGUUGCAGCAGCACAAGAAUGUUUAAUGAGAUUGUACUUGUAUGUAUCUGGAGAUGGCAGAAAGGCACUAUUAGCUACUCCUGCAGCAUGUGUCUUUUUGUGGGAGAGCACAGAAAAUGAAAAUACUUCCUCUUAUAAAAAUUCUUGUGGGCGCUGGACACAAAUUUUGCCUGAUGAGUCGGUCAUGUUGCCUUCUACUGAAGAAAAAGAAAUUGGAGUGCAUGCUGCUUUCAUACAAAACGAGACACUGGGUGAUUGCUGUUUGUACUCCUUUGUGUUUUACUCUGGAGAAUGUUUGGUCCUCACAUUUUUGAUUCUUCGAUGGCAUGAAAAUAGCUUUAAAUACGUUAGUUCUUUGCCAUACCAGAUCCACUGGGUACAGCAGACUUGUUCUCUUGUUAAUUUGGUUCCUCAGUGUGUGUCUGUAAAGUCAAGAGGAGCUUUGCUAUGUGCAUUUGCAGGAGACGGACUUCUACUUGCGGUAGCUGUUAAUCAAACUGAUCCAAAGGCAACUCAGAUUUUGUUUUUAAACACACUGAAUUUUGUAACUGUUUCGGGUAGCCUUAAAGGUUGUAGUAGCAAGAAUAGCAUGGUCCCAUCCAAGUUUAUCAGAUCUUACUGGGUUGGUGAUAUGAGUUGGACUCCUGAUAACCUUUUCUUGGCUUGCAUGUUAAAACGUGGAUCUUUGAUUUUAUUUACAUGUAUGGGUGAAUUGCUGACCUUGAUUACUUCUGGCUGCUCUGUAGAAUUUGGACCAGCAGAGUUUAUUCCUUUUCAUCCACUAAUAACAUACAGACACCAGCACUCUUUUUGUCAAGACUCUAGUCACUCUCUUGGUUCUUCAGCUUCUGAAAGUGAUCUUACAAGACAGAGAUUCUCUGUUGCUUCACAUUCAAGAUUACCCUACCUUAUCGUCUCUGAUGGAUACAUGAUAACACUGCUUAGAUUUCAUAACAACCUUUCGCCAUCAGGAUUUAUAAGAUCUCUUUUGCUUGAUUCGACCCAGCGGCUCGAAAAUAUCCGUCGGAAUUUGCUGAACUCCAAGUCUAAAGGGAGACCUGUGUGUUUACGAUCACUGUUGUCUUUAAAAGCUAGUCUUUUAAAACACGCUCAAAACCAAAGUUCCAUCUUUUCCACCAUUCCGAAAUUCCUGGAAGAGGACACAACGGAAGAUUAUGAAGAAGAAUCAGAUGACGAAAAGCACUUUUGCAAUAGCCCUUCCAGCUUCUAUAGCCAAAGAAUCCAUUCAUUUGUUGGUAAAGCUGAUCAAGGCCACUUAGAUUUUGCGUCGAUGUUUGAUACUAUCCAUGCAGAAGACAAUACUGAAGAGAAAGAUAAAUUAUCAGUAGAACUAUAUUCCAUUCAGAAAAACCUCCUUGCUUCAUGGCAGAUAGGGAUUUCAAAAAACAUUGAAGAGAAAGAUACAUUGCUGAAUUACACAGUCAACUGCAUUAUCCAUUUUUUCAACAUUGUUCAGUUUGUGAAAUGUUCUGUCCUAAACCAGGAUGCAUCUUUAAACAAGUCUGUGAAGAAUACUCACUGGAUGCAUUGUAUCCUAAAAUAUUUUCAGCAGUAUUUAACUGUCCUGUAUUGGCAUUCGAGAGCCAGUCUGAUGGGACACAUGGCAAAGCUGACAUUACAAACUUUAAAACUGAUGCUUAUAGAGCAACAAGAUCAGUUGUUCUCAAAAAACCUUUUGGCAUGCUUCUCUCUUUUGAAAAUGAUUUCUCACACUCUAAGUAGCAUGUGCGUACUACAGUAUGAGAAUUUUUUUGCGUCUCCUCAUGGUAAUGCUCUUGUGGAACUUGACUCCCUCACUGUGCCUGUUUUCCUAGUUCUUGAUGAGAGUACUACUCAGCAAUUCAGGUCGCUGAAAUCUCUGCUUAGAGAGCCUCCCCGAGCAGCAAACCAUGAUGCAGAAACAGAAAAAAG